AUGGACGCUCGUUGCCAGCCACCUGCCCGCAGUGCUUCACGCACUCAAAUCUACAUUGUAGUGAACCGCUUUUCAUCCCACGAGGAACUAGAUCUGCCUCCUGGCAAUUUCUUCUUCGAUGCCCGUAACCUCUGGAGCAUCGUUAUGCAGCGCCCAUAUCAUGCGCUAAUGCAAUACGGCCUUCUUGUCGAUGGUGAUCUCCGUAGAAAUAUGGCAAAGGUCCAAGUGACAAUGGAGCGUCCAGAACUACAACUACUGUAUUUCGAAGUCGCCAGUUUUGAGAGCUCCACUAGAGGAUGUUAA